AUGGCUACUGUCGGAACCGACGCUGAGGGACAGGUCAAGUUCCUCGUGAGCUGCAUUCGAUUCUCAGCCAAUGGCAAAGUUGACUUCGAAGCCGUUGCCAAUGACUGCACCAUUGUCUCCAAGGCUGCUGCGGCCAAAAGAUUCGAGCGCAUCCUCAAGGCUCACGGCAUGAAGCCUGGUGACCUCUCCAAGGGCGGUCCCGCCAGCAACGUGACCCCCACCCAGAGUCCCGCAAAGACCGGUCAAAAGACUCCCUCCAAAGGUGCUAGCAAGGCCACCCCGAAGAACAAGUCGGCCAGCAAGCGCACUGCUCCUGUUGCUUCCCCCACGAGCAACACCAAGCGCGCCAAGCUCAUCGCUUCGCACCCUGCUGUCUCGUCUUACAACAAUGAAGAUGAUGAGGAGGAACAGGAUGAGUUCAAGAUGAAGAAGGAAGAUCAUGCCGAUGUUGAUUCAUUCACCACUACUGGUUCGUAUUACGAUAAUCCUCGAGCCCGCAAUCACGAUGACGACGACCUGCAACUUCUCUACGUCGUGGAGAAGACGAUCGGUUGCCCCAUUCACGAUACCGGCGAAUAUCGAGUCCCGCCAUCCGUUUCCGUUUCGAGCGAUACUAACACUGAUUCUUCCACGCAGAUGCUGCCAACGCCGAUGAGCAGUUCCAGGCUUAACUUCACCCAGCUACCAGCCUCGUAUCAUGCUUGGGGUUUGAUGCCAGGCUCACUUUUUCCGAGUUGGCCAGACACAUGCAUACAUGAAGAUCGAGAUGCUGUCCAGUUGGUUGGGAUAUGUUAG